UUGGGAAUUUCACUCUAGUCGGGGCCAAGAAUGGGACUGGCAAGGAUGGGGGUAGUCCCUCAGCUUGAUCAGAGUUCCCAGAUUCUACUACUGCUACUACCCCAAACCCAGAAACUUCACUUGUCUUUCAGUUGCUGAUGCUAAAAUUAGCUAGGUCACAGAGGGAGGGACAGUUUUAGGUGUGAGACAUUAGGUUAGAGAAAAAUCAAAGAAUAUAUAUUGCCUAGUUUCAGGGUUGAUCUUGGCUUGGGACAGGUAGAAACUUGCUGAGGACACAAGCUCUAUCUCUCCCCUUUCUUUCCACUGUCCAGUGAUAUACAAACUAUGUCCCAAUUUACUACCAUGCAGUCCAUGACCUAUUCAUCUCCUGCUUGGCCCUAGCAUUGAUGAUACUGGGGUUAGUCCAAAAAGAAUGGGUUAAGCUGGAAGGGCUGCCAUCAAGGAAAUCAAUUUUCAGCAGCCCCUGGAUACCUUGUAUCAACUCAAAUUGCACCAUGGUUGACCUAACAGAUGACAAGAAAACCUGGAACCUGAUGGCUAUAACUAUCACUCUUUCCAUCGUCCUGUGCUUUAUGUUGUGUUUGGACUACACUUAUAUAAUUCCUCGAAUCAAAAGCCGCUACCUCUUCUUUGCCUUUAUCAGCUUCCUGACAGCAGGUAUCUGUUUGUUCACAGCAAUCAUACUGUACUACCAAGAGCUGAGGAAAAGCUUCAACAUGUACUACCAUGAUAUCAAAGUCACCUGGAUCUUUCAUUCAUCUUAUAUAAUUAUCUUCUUAUAUUUAGUCUGUGGGAUCCUCUGUCUUUUGAGCCACAGAGAGUGCAACAAGAGCUCCCUUGACCUUCUAGAAGAGUCUCCCACACAAUCUCCAUUGAGACAGCCUGAGAGUAUCCAAAUGAAAACUGAUGAUAAAGAAAUGAAGGGAAAUUUUUCUGACAAAGUCCAUAUUGAAAACUUGAGCAAUACAAGUCUGAGUCCUCCAAGAAAAUCACAAGCCCUCCAUGUGACCUGGGCCGUGUAGAUUUGGGGACAGCUAUAGGAGUUCAUAUCUUCAUGCAUGCAUUUAUGUCUCUAUUGACUCAUACAUGUGUAGUCAGGUGUUGUAUGCAUGCACCAUUUAUUAUACGUGCAUAUCAUAUAUGUCUGACUUGAAGGACUAUUUAUAGGAGUGCCAGAUGAUAGUAGCAAAUACCCCUCUGCUUGGUAAAGGAGAUUUUCCUCCAGACAAUAUGUUUGCAAUUUCAUUAAAAGAA